AUGGCCGGAGGAGCGAAGAAACCCGUCAAUGUCUUCCGUCUGAAGAACCUGGGCGAGCCCAGCGAGAUUUUCAACUGGAAACUUUGGUUCGCCGUCAUAUCAUUUGGGCUGAUGGGCGCGGCCCGAGGUGUCGAUGAAGGCCUCAUUUCCGGCGCCUUCAACUCGAAAGACUUUCAGCGUUACAUUGAUUACAGUUCUUACAGCCAGGUUGAGCAGACCAAUAUCAAAGCCAAUGUGUCGGCUAUGGUGCAGAUUGGAUCCGUAGGAGGGGCUCUCUUUGCGUUUCUAGUCUGCGAUCGAAUUGGACGCCUCUGGGCCACUCGCCAGCUGUGUGUCCUGUGGAUUCUGGGAAUUGCUAUCUUUAUGGGAAACAAUGGCAGCCUGGGAGCUGUUUAUGCUGGUCGUUUCAUUGCAGGACUUGGCGUGGGUCAGACCGUGGUUGUUGCACCAGUCUACCUUGCGGAAAUUUCUCCUGCCUCCAUCCGAGGUCUCUGCACCUGUGUCUUCACUGGCUUUGUUUACCUUGGAAUCGUUCUUGCAUAUUUUGCCAACUACGGAUGUCAAGUGAACAUUGGAGAUACCACACAUCAGAGAUGGGAAAUUCCCACCAGCCUGCAUAUUAUAUUUGCUGGAUUGAUAUUCCUUCUCUCAUUCCUGCAGUAUGAGUCUCCCCGAUAUCUCGUCAAGCGAGAUCAGCCGGAAAAGGCCAUUCAGACUCUGGCCCGGAUUCGCAAUCUACCUCCUGAUCAUGACUAUGUCAUCCGCGAAUUUGCCGAAAUUGAAGCCGCUCACCAGGCAGAGAUGGAGGCCACAAUGGGCACGGGACCUCUGGGCAUCAUCAAGGAAACCUUCCUGGUACCCUCAAAUCUCUACCGUGUGUAUCUUACCUUCAUGGCCCAGAUCCUAUCUCAAUGGUCCGGUGCGGGAUCAAUCACCGUGUAUGCGACGGAUCUUUUCAAACUAUUGGGCAUAUCUGGUAGCAACGAGAACCUGCUGGUCACGGCUAUUUUUGGAAUCAUCAAACUCACCGCCGCUGUGAUCUGCGCUCUAUUCUUGGUUGACGUGAUCGGACGGAAGAGAGCACUACUUCUCGGCAUUUCACUGCAGGCUAUUUCCAUGGUCUACGUGGCUGGAUUUCUUACCGCUGUGCCGCAGAUGGGCAUUGUGAGUGACUUUGUUCUUCCCGAGAGCCAAAAGGGCGCUAGCAAGGGUGCUAUUGCUAUGAUCUAUAUCUCUGGAGCUGGCUGGGCACUUGGCUGGAACUCAAUGCAGUAUGUUCUGACUGCUGAGUUGUUUCCUUUGCGAAUUCGCGCCCUAGCUACAUCCAUGGCUAUGACCCUGCACUUUGCCAAUCAAUACGGCAACUCACGCGCGGUUCCCAAUAUGCUUCUUUCCGUUGAAAAUGGUGGAAUUACCCCCAAGGGCACAUUUUGGUUCUUCAGUGUUGUGACCGUCAUCGGUGGCGUCUGGGUGUGGUUUUCUGUCCCGGAGACUGCCGGUCGCUCUCUCGAGAGCAUGGACCGACUGUUCUCUCUGCCGUGGUAUCAAAUCGGCCGUCACGGUAACAAGGAUGCCGAAGAACGGGACGAGGCUAUGGAUAUCAAGAUGGAGAUGGUAGGAACGAGUCGGCACGUGGAGAGGCAAGAUGUUUCGAGCCGAGUCUAA